GACAUUUUAUCAACACAGUUUUAAUACCAACAACCAUGAAAGCACACAAGGAAAAGCGACAGACGAAGAAGCAGAAGAAGCAGAAGCGUGACCAAUAUCGAGAGGCCAAUAUCGCACCAGUCCGGUUCAUCGUAAAUCCCGAACUCGAGUCCCAGAGAGCACACAAGGAGCGCCUAAAGGGUAUCGAUGACUCUCGGAUCCGGCAUAUUGUGGAGGUGGCAGAAAGCAAAGUAGAUAUCAAUAUUUGUAAUGCCAUGACGAACACAAUAAAACUCGACUUCGAUUAUGCCGACAUAGCAAGCCACAAUGAUGGGGCUGUUCCGCCUGCAAAGAGCCAGUCACAUCCAAAGGACCUCGAGCUCCCUCCUCUCUCCUCGAAUCAUGCCCGGACCCUACUUGAGAGUGAGGCUGGUGCGGCCAUCGAGGAUCGGUCAGGGAACCUGCUGGCUAUACGGAUCCCAAAUGUUUUUAGCCCAAUUCAUGAGGAAAUUUUGAAUGCUGGUCGCGAGUUCAAUCGAAAUUUUAAAUUCGACAAGAAGAAAUCCCGGAACCACUUUGUUCCAUCAUUGGAUCUAUUCCAGAAAGGCCAAGUCCAUUAUGGUUACUGGCACCAACAGGGUCACUACGAAAUAUCGCCUCAAAUCUCCACCGAUUCAAAGGAGAAAGAACAUAAUCACCCCUUCCAAAAGAAAUGCGAGCCACUCUACCACAUCCUCAACAUGUACACUGAGAGGAUUGCGCCGUCAUUGGCAAAACAGAGCGAUCAAGUAUGGGAACAGAUCAGGAAGCACCGGGAUCACGAGGGUUUCCUAUCUGAAAUCAAGUCCCAUUUCUUCGGCCAGACGGUCCAUUUCAAUGCGGAUAUUCGGCGCCACAAGGAUCGGAGAUCUGCCUGGUGUGGCUUUGAUGCAAUAGCCGUAUUUGGAGAAUACGAGGGAGGAAAUCUCCAUUUCAGAGAGUUGGGUUGCUCUUUCCCCUCCCAUCCAGGAGAUCUUUUCUUUAUUCGUGGUGCUGGAUUGUAUCAUGAGGCCCGUAGUGGGGAUCAAGAGGCUGGGGGCUGGGUUGGCAAAGGGCGAAUGGUUUUUGCGUUUUUUUCUGAUAGACGGGUAUUUGCACACGAGCACAUCCCAAGACCUAAGGACCUGGGCGCUAUCUAUGGGACGCAGGGACAGAAAAAAUUCCGUGAACACCACCCCCACCUUGAUCAGUGAUCUCCUGUGACGUGGACUGCCUGGUAUCUAGUCCACGAUACCUUUCUUUCUUUUGUCCCUUGUUAAAUAUAUUAUUUAUCAAGUUGGUG